CGAAAGCAGUCAGCCGUCCUGGUGUCGUAUCGCUGUCAGAAUCAGAAGCAAAGACUAAACUGAGUAGUCGGAGCAGUCGUUGGUCGCUGGUUAAUUUUUGUCGUCGUCGGUUCGGAGUCGUUGAUCAUUGGUGGUCUCAAGGCAGCCUAGACCUUGUACCAUCUUGACGGUCUUGACAGUAAUAGUAAUAAAGUAACAAAAUCACUCUUCAGCUUCAGUCUGCUAAAAUCAUUGAGACUCGACGUGUCAUAAUAUCAAUACCACAAUGCCGAAUAUAAUAAAUGAUGUGAAAUUAGAUUUUAAAGACGUUUUAUUGAGGCCUAAGAGAAGUACUUUGAGAAGUCGAUCAGAGGUAGACCUCUUUCGUGAAAUGACGUUUCGUAAUUCUAAACGUACAUACAAGGGUAUACCUGUGAUGGCCUCUAAUAUGGAUACUGUGGGUACAUUUGAAAUGGCAAAAGCUUUAGCUAAGCAUGGAAUUUUUACAGCAGUUCAUAAAUAUUAUACAGCUGAAGAAUGGAAAGAGUUUGCGUCGAAAAAUUUAGACUGUCUAAAACAUAUGGCUGCGAGCUCAGGUACGAGCGACAAUGACUUCGACCGAUUAAAAACAGUAAUUGGAGCAGUACCCGAUAUUGAAUUUAUCUGUCUGGACGUCGCCAAUGGAUAUUCGCAGCAUUUUGUCGAGCAUGUAAGGAAAGUCCGCGCUGAGUUUCCGAGUCAUACGAUUAUCGCUGGAAAUGUCGUAACUGGAGAAAUGGUUGAAGAACUGAUACUAUCCGGCGCAGAUGUUAUUAAAGUAGGAAUUGGUCCUGGGUCAGUUUGCACCACGAGAAUGAAAACAGGAGUCGGGUAUCCCCAACUUAGUGCUGUAAUUGAAUGCGCCGAUGCUGCUCAUGGCCUUAAAGGUCAUAUUAUAUCGGAUGGUGGUUGCACAUGUCCUGGAGAUUUAGCGAAAGCAUUUGGAGCAGGUGCUGAUUUCGUAAUGGCUGGUGGUAUGUUUGCUGGCCAUGAUGAAUGUGGUGGCAGUGUUACAGAAAAAGACGGAAGAAAAAUAAAACUUUUUUACGGAAUGUCUUCCAAUACUGCCAUGGAUAAACAUUCUGGUGGUAUGGCGGAAUACCGUUCAUCAGAGGGCAAGACUGUCGAGGUGCCUUAUCGAGGAGCAGUAGAAACAACAGUACUAGAUAUCCUCGGUGGAUUAAGAUCAUCAUGUACAUAUGUCGGUGCUUCAAAAAUACGUGAGUUGUCACGUCGUGCAACAUUUAUACGGUGCACACAACAACUAAAUAAUAUGUACGGACCACCUCCGGGACUGUAAUAACUAAUUAUGUUAUAUAAUGUAUUAAAGUUAUUAUGUCUCCGCUAGAUAAUUCUGGUUUUUUAAACAAUAAUCCGCUUGAUAUGAGGAAUUGUUCAAAUUGCCAUUUUAAUAGUAUAUUACACAUCUAGGGAAGUAAAGUAAGAAAUGUCUCAGAUCACAUAUAAGUGUUGGCCGAGGCGAAGCCGAGGUCAACAAACAUGUGAUCUGAGGCUUUUUUAUUUACUUCCCGAGGAGUGUAUACUAUUUUUCUCGUCGACGGAGGCGGAAAGCGGCAACCUCGUUUUGCACAGCGGGACGAAAGUUGACGCUUUCCGCCCGGAGGCGAGAAAAUAUUUUAUUAUGAACUUAAUAUUUGCGCAACGAAACUUUGUUUAUGAAUUGCUAUUAAUUUGUUUAUUUAUUUAUUUUUUUUUUUAUUGAACGAUAGAGAUUAUUAAUAUUUACUGAUUGUUAAAGUUCAAUUUGUCGUGGUUUUAUUACUCUAGCCGCAAUGCGACAGUAUUAUAUAUACACUUGAUUAAAUAGUACUGAUAUCAUAAAAUUCUUUAUCAUACGACAAAAAUAAUAAUAAUUUUUUGAAUUAUUAUUUAUUUAAUAUUCGUAUUUAAAAUUCAAAUCGAAUGAUUUGAUUAGCUCGUUGAAUUAAAAUGAAUUAUUUAUGUUAGAUUUAUUGUUGAAAUUUAAGUGAUCAUAGAAAAAUUUAAUUUAUUUUUAAGUCAUUUAAAUUUACUUAAUACUAUUAAACUUGACUUGUUUUUUAAACCGUGAGUUUUAAAUUAUUUCGAGCAGUUGCAACGGAUUUUGAAUAAUUUAAAACUUUUUUAUGGUUUUUAAAAAAUAAUUUAUAAAAUUAAAUUAUUUAAAUGCACACAUGUAUUAGGAAAUCGAACGCACAUAUAAUUGUUUGUCAAUUUUUUUUUUUUACUGAACAGUAUUGAUGUCAAUUGUAAUUCCGUGUAAUUAAAAGUUAAAAAAAUUGAAUAAUUGUCAUUGACAACUUAAUUCUUUUAUAAUGAAAGUAAGAAAAAUAAUGCAAUUAGAUUUGAAAGUUUAUUAUUAUAAUUCUUAUAAAAAUUGUUCAAUUAAUGAGAAAAUUUUUUGUGCUUCUAAUGUUGAUAUUAAAUUUUAUCGCUUAAAAAUAGUUUUUUUUUUCUCAGCGGCUUAAAAUUUAUAAACAUUCUAUUAAUUUAUUGUUCAAAAAAUAGAAAGGUAUAAAUUGUUUUAAAUUUUUUACCAAUCUUCUCUAUUAAAAAAUGUUAACAGUCCAUACGAAUGUCUACGAUACAGGUUUUUAAUAUUAAAUGCUUACUUUAAAAAAUUCAAUACCGUUUAAUUGUCUACUAGAAUUAAUUUCACACGAUUUAAUUGCCUGAAAAAAUAAUUACAGUUUUAUUGUCUCCUGUAAAAAUACCAUGCCAAGUUAUUUACAAAAAUAAAUUAACGUCAAAUUCCACAAUUAUAUCAACACGAAUUGAUUUACAUAAAACAAUAAUAAGUAUACAAUUGAAGCGUAAUUUUAAUAUCUUAAAAAAAAAAGAAAAAUUAACGAAGCCGCAAACUAAACAUGCAAUUAAAUUCGCUAAACAAUUAAACAGGAAAUUGAAUUAUUAAUUAUAUUUGCCAAAAUUACUACAGAUACUAUCAAUUGAAUUCUGGAAAUUAUACCUUUACUUAAUUUACAAAACUUUGCAUCAAAUAAUCAAAAGUAAUAAAAUUACUAUCGGUAAAUAAAUGAAAUACAACUCGAUGCAAAGUUAUCAAUUAAAAGUAAUAAAAUAUUAAUUAAUAAUCACAUAAAUUUGGUGUCUAGUGUGAUAAAUAAUACAUGGAAUUGUAUCCAAAGAAAUAUAUGUUAUAUUCAUUAUUAAUUUCUAUUUAUUAU